GUUCCGGCAAAGGAAAUGAGGUACUAGUACCAACCACCAGAGAGCGGGAGCGGGAAGGAGGGAGAGCGAACGAGAGAAAAAUGAAGAUAGUAACUUACAACGUCAAUGGUUUGCGACAACGCAUAACACAGUUCGGUUCUCUCCGCAAUCUUCUUCAUUCAUUCGACGCCGAUAUUAUUUGCUUUCAGGAGACAAAACUCAGUAGGCAAGAUGUAACUGCGGAUUUGGUUAUGGCAGAUGGAUACGAAUCGUUCUUUUCUUGUACCCGAACUUCCAAGAAAGGCCGAACCGGUUAUUCCGGUGUUAUUACAUUUUGUCGUGUAAGGUCUGCUUUUUCGAGUAACGAAGCAGCAUUGCCCUUGGCAGCCGAGGAAGGAUUCACAGGCUUAAUGCGUGACUCUCAAACUAGUGAAGACAAAUUGCCAUUAUUUAUGGAAGAAGAUCUGGGGGAUUAUUCAAAAGAUGAGCUUCUCAGUGUUGAUAGUGAAGGGCGAUGCAUUGUCACUGAUCAUGGUCACUUUGUUCUUUUCAAUAUUUAUGGGCCUCGAGCUGGAGGCGAUGACACCGAGAGGAUUCAGUUUAAACAAAAAUUCUACAGGAUACUGCAGAAAAGAUUAGAGUCUCUCCUGCAUCAAGGAAGGAGAAUAUUUGUUGUUGGUGAUCUCAAUAUUGCACCAUUUGCAAUUGAUCGGUGUGAUGCAGGACCUGAUUUUGACAAGAAUGAGUUUAGAAGAUGGUUCAAAUCGAUGUUAAUUGAAAAUGGAGGCCACUUUUCUGAUGUCUUUCGGGCAAAGCAUCCUGAUAAAAGGGAUGAAUACACUUGUUGGUCGCAAAGUUCAGGUGCUGAAGUGUUUAACUAUGGGAGUAGAAUCGACCAUAUUCUAUGUGCUGGUUCUUGCUUACAUAAAUCAGAUGACCUGCAAUGCCAUAGUUUUAUAAGAUGCCAUGUUAAGGAAUGUGAAAUUCUGACUCAGUACAAACGGUUCAAACCUGAAAGUACACUGAGUGGCCACAGGUGGAAGGGAGGACAGAGCAUUAAACUUGAAGGAUCUGAUCAUGCUCCAGUUUUUGUGACUUUAAUGGAAAUUCCGGAGAUCCCUCUUCAUAGUACGCCAUCUUUAUCUGCUAGAUAUGUUCCCAUGGUCCGUGGCGUACAACAAACUCUAGUGUCAUUGUUGAUGAAAAGACGAGUUUCUGAAUCGUGCAAGAUGACACACAGAGACAUUUCAAUGGUCAGUACUUGCGAGAAAAUAGAAGAACCAGUUGACAUAAUUGGUUCAUCUACCUCCGAAUCGGAUUUUCUUCCAAACAAGGAUUUAGGAGGUAGCAUUGUGGAACCAAAUGCACUUUCCACAGGUUCUUCUCAGGAGACUGUUUCUAAAUCAGGAAGUGUAUAUGAAAAAUCAACAAUUCGGAAAUGCAACGAGUCCAAGAAAAAAGCUAGAAAGAGUCAAUCGUCCCAGCUCUCUCUUAGGUCAUUUUUUCAGAAAAGCAAAAAUCUUGACAAUGGUGUCAAGGACUCUUGUACUGGUUUCUCAAGUAACCAAGCAGAACCCUCACAACCUAACUCCCAAUUACUUGAAACUUCUACAGUGUUUGAUAAUAGUAGUGAUCAUGUGCAAGAUGAGGUGAAUACUGAUGUGUGUGAUCAGGAUUUAGCUGAACUAAAUGAUAGUUCUAGAAAGGAAGAAAAAAGUAUUGUAGCUUCACAAGAGUGGCAAAGAAUACAAAAAAUUAUGCAGAGCAGUAUACCUCUUUGCAAAGGACAUAAGGAACCUUGUAUACCUCGGGUGGUAAAGAAACAAGGAGCUAAUUUUGGUCGCAGAUUUUAUGUUUGUGCUCGUGCUGAGGGCCCUGCAUCUAAUCCUGAAGCAAACUGUGGCUACUUUAAAUGGGCUACUUCAAAGUCCAGGAACAAGUAAUGGUGUGGUUCCAAAUAGCAUUUUAAUCAAAGGAUGGUUCGUAUGGAGCAUCGCAUUUUCGGAAUGAUUCUGAAAACGCAACCUAUUUGAAAGAGAUGACUCAUAAUAUUUUGUCCAGCUAUUUUGACACCAUUGCCUCUUGAAAUAGAAGGCACAUUUCUCCACAGAGGAGAAUGAUAUCGUAGAGAAAAGGAACUGGAUAGAAGAAAAUUAGUUCUGCUGUCAAUGCUCCAACUCGGCAUCUAACAUGGUUGGAUUCUACCAUACUAUAACACAGAUUGAGGUGACCUGACAACCAUUGGUGAUUUAUUUACUGAAGAUUCUGCCUAACAUAUCUCUGCAGCAUGGUUUGUUAUGAAAAGUGCUGCAUCAUGGGGUGUAAAUUGUAAAAGUUCCUCACCCCUUAUUUUCUUUUGGCUAAAGGUUUAAAUGCACAUAAGAGGGAAAUAGCCAUUUGAGGUAGUAAGGAAUUUUCUUGUUUAUCAGUCUCUAUCUGAUUCAUAGGUGUUACUUAAGCCACAUGCAGACACAUUACUGUGAUACAUGCCUUUUAUGUGAAUGUGAUGUAUGUGAUUAAAUAUCGGUAUUAGAAAUGUUAAUUUCAACUAAUGAUAGUGUUGAAGAGUGUAUUAGAGAACGGAAUGGUAAUUCUUUUUGUAAUGUUGCUACUAAUGUUCAUGUAUCUUUUCGGCUCAA